ACUCAAGAGGCUCUUUUCAUGGAGUGUCUUUCCUUCUUCAGAUUGGACUCACCAGAGAAACUGUGAACCUUGAAGAACACGACCUGUCACUAUCUGCUGUGAAAGACUUGGUCUGUUCAAUUGUCGACCAAAAGUUUCCAGAAUGUGGAUUCUUUGGCAUGUAUGACAAAAUCCUGCUCUUCCGCCAUGACCUGAACUCUGACAACAUCCUCCAGCGUCUCACCUCAGCAGAAGACAUCCAUGAAGGAGAUCUUAUUGAGGUUGUUCUCUCUGCUCUAGCUACAGUGGAAGACUUCCAGAUCCGACCCCAUGCCCUGUACGUUCACUCCUACAAGGCCCCCGCCUUCUGUGACUACUGUGGAGAGAUGUUAUGGGGCCUCGUUCGACAGGGUCUAAAAUGUGAAGGGUGUGGGCUAAACUAUCACAAGCGAUGUGCCUUCAAAAUUCCCAAUAACUGCAGUGGAGUGAGAAAAAGACGUCUGUCUAACGUAUCAAUGCCCAGCCCCUCACUGUCUGCCCCUCGUCACUCACCUCUCCAAAACACCAUGGUACCUCUAGAGGAGAAACAUGUCAACAAGGAGCCCAGCAAGAACAUCCCUUCCUGGAGUGGCCGUCCCAUCUGGAUGGAGAAGAUGGUUUUGGGCAGGAUCAAAGUUCCGCACACCUUUGUCAUCCAUACAUACACCCGUCCCACCAUCUGCCAGUACUGUAAACGCUUGCUGAAGGGUCUCUUCCGCCAGGGUAUGCAGUGCAAAGACUGUAAAUUUAAUUGUCAUAAGAGAUGUGCAUCAAAGGUACCAAAAGACUGUCUUGGAGAAGUGACCUUCAAUGGAGAACCUGCCAGCUCAGGUGUUUAUUCAGAUAGCAAUAUGGACGUGGACAGCAGUGAUGUGAACAGUGACAGCAGCAGGGGACUGGAUGACUCGGAGGAGAAUAUCACACCAGAGGACAAGAUACUCCUCAUGGACUCAUCCUACCAGGACACAGAGAAAGAUGGGGAGUUCUCGAAAAGCAUAAGCCCUUCCACAAGCACAAACAUCCCACUGAUGCGAGUUGUACAGUCCAUUAAACACACCAAAAGGAGGAGCUCCACUAUGGUCAGAGAGGGCUGGAUGGUGCACUACACUAGCCGGGACAACCUAAGAAAGAGACACUACUGGAGACUGGAGAGCAAGACUUUGACUCUGUUUCAGAAUGAAUCAGGCUCAAAAUUUUACAAGGAGAUUCCCCUGUCAGAGAUCCUACAGGUGGAGGAAGCACGGGACUUCAGUAACCUUGCCCAUGGGAGUAAUCCGCACUGCUUUGAAAUCAUCACUGCUACCAUAGUGUACUAUGUGGGUGAGAAUAUGGUUGGUCCCUACUCACACUCUCCCAACCCAGCAUUAGCAGCCACUGGUGUUGGUCUUGAAGCAGCCCAGAGCUGGGAGAAGGCCAUUCGCCAGGCCUUGAUGCCGGUGUCUGUCACACCACAACCCAGUCUGGGCACUGCAGCUUGUCACACCAAAGAUCACAAGGAACUGUCUAUGAGCAUCUCUGUGUCUAACAGUCAAAUCCAGGAGAAUGUGGAUAUCAGCUCAGUGUAUCAGAUCUUUGCUGAUGAAGUUCUGGGGUCUGGCCAGUUUGGUAUAGUAUAUGGAGGGAAACACAGAAAGACCGGCAGAGAUGUGGCCAUCAAAGUAAUCGACAAAAUGAGAUUCCCCACCAAACAGGAGAGCCAGCUGCGGAAUGAGGUGGCCAUUUUACAGAAUCUGCAUCAUCCUGGUAUUGUGAACCUUGAGUGCAUGUUUGAAACACCAGAAAGAGUUUUUGUUGUAAUGGAGAAGCUUCAUGGCGACAUGCUGGAAAUGAUCCUAUCCAGUGAAAAGAGCAAACUCCCAGAAAGGAUCACCAAGUUCCUGGUCACACAGAUCCUGGUAGCUCUGAGACAUCUUCAUUUCAAGAACAUUGUGCACUGUGACCUGAAGCCAGAGAAUGUGCUCCUGGCCUCAGCUGAGCCAUUUCCUCAGGUGAAAUUGUGUGACUUUGGUUUUGCCCGCAUUAUUGGUGAGAAGUCCUUUCGGCGCUCAGUGGUGGGCACACCAGCGUACUUGGCCCCAGAGGUCCUUCGGAGCAAAGGUUACAACCGCUCUCUAGACAUGUGGUCAGUGGGAGUUAUAAUCUACGUCAGUUUGAGUGGCACUUUUCCUUUUAAUGAGGAUGAAGACAUCAAUGAUCAAAUCCAGAAUGCAGCCUUCAUGUAUCCUCCAACACCCUGGAAGGACAUAUCCACUGAGGCUACAGAUCUCAUCAAUAAUCUUCUCCAAGUGAAGAUGAGAAAGCGGUACAGUGUGGCCAAGUCCCUCAGUCACCCAUGGCUCCAGGAUUAUCAGACAUGGCUGGACCUGCGGGAGUUUGAGACAAGGCAGGGGGAGCGCUAUAUUACCCACGAGAGCGAUGACGCCCGCUGGGAGGAGUAUGCAGAUGAGCACAAGCUGGUUUACCCCAAACACUUCAUCAUGGCGCCCAACCUUGAUGAUAUGGACGAGGACCCCUAGUGGCAUGGAGACCUACAUACAGCAAAGUUCAGUGACAGGAUCUUUUUUGGGGUGAUGUCUCUUCAUGUCUAAAGGUGCUAUGUAAAUGAGAAUGAUAUGGCAAACUGAGAAUGUGCACACUAUUCCAGAAUCAAUCAGAAAAACGCAUCUGUGUACUUCUGCCGCUACAUGGAGCAAAUACACUACACUCUUUGGCUUCUUGGACUGAACACAGAGACGGAAUGCUUACAUACCAAUUAAUUCAGGU